AGAUUGCACAUUUUAAACACGUUUUAAGCACUUCAUACACAAUUUGUCGUCAAAAUCGUUCAAUUUAUUUAAAAAAUGGAAAAAAUUGUAUCAGAAAACGCUACAAUCACGAUAAUCAAGGAGGGCUACGCAUAUAUCGAUGGGGACGGUUGGAUGCGGGCAAACGCUUCGUGUACUCUGGUGCAGACGGCGGAAAGCGUCGUCAUUGUGGACACAUUGACACCGUGGGACGGUCCCUUCAUACUGGAAAAGCUGGCAGAAUUGAAUAUCGACAAGGACACCGUCACCCAUGUCGUUUCCACUCAUGGACAUUCCGACCACAACGGAAAUAAUAAUUUAUUUCUCUCCGCGAAACAACAUAUUGUUGGAUAUUGUGUUUCAAAUAAGGAUGUUUAUUACGCACACCCAUUUGAAUUAGAUGAGCCCUUAAUUAUUGACCCAUUCCUCAAAAUCAUUCCGACCCCUGGACACACGAAUGAAGACGUUUCUCUCAUUGUGACUUUGCGAGAUUCCGGUGAUCAAACCACUGGAGACAACAAUAAUUUCGAAAAUACGUUAGCAAUUGCUGGAGAUUUGUUCGAAUCUGCGAAAGACCUUCUAAACCCUGAUGUAUGGACGCCCAACAGCUCUCAGCCAGAAAUACAAGCAAAGAAUCGACUAAAAAUUCUGAAAAUGGCAAAAACCAUUAUUCCCGGACAUGGACCAUAUUUUACCGUCCAGCCCGAACAUGUCACCGCGGCCGAAGAUUUGGUAAAAUUGUACGAAAAACAAAAUUCAGGAUAAUGCAUGUUUAUUUAUAUACUCUUAUAAAAAUAUAAACCGGUUGACGGUUAGGAGGGGUAAAAACAUUGUGUAAUAUGAAUAAUGAUAUAAUAAACGUCAAAAUAACAAAUAAUUUCAAACCGGUUAUUCAACAAAUAAUUAAUUAGAUUUGCAUGAAAUUAGUAGGCGGAGGUUGGUUUUGACUUUCGAUUUGAAUCAAUUACAUAAGCAAAAUAUUUGGUAGUUAGUGUUGUUACCAUUAUUUCCUACAUUUCACACCACGCCACGCUUGUUUUUGUACAGCAUCAUGAAAACAUAAACAUUUAGCUGCACUUCCUUUUAUUGGUUUUCUACAGAUCUAGCAGUGACACAUUCUUCUCAAUAUCCUCGCAUUCACAGGAAGUUGGGUUCCUCUCCUCCACUAAAACUUUCGUUUUCUCAGUCAGCGUCAAUGCACAUCAAUCACUAGUCGAAAUUCGCACAAAUAUUUUUGUGGCAUUUCAAAAAAUUUACUAAAUCAGUAUGUUUCGAAGUUACAUUUUUGUCGGUUUUUGCUGCCUCAUUCCAAGUUCUUCUCUUGCCCUACAAUUCCUGGAGUGGGGGGAUAAAUGCGAAAUUCCAACGCACGGUGGGGGCAGUGGGGACUACCCGAGAGAAGAGUGCAAUGCUGGGAAGGGUCUAGUCUGUGUGUCCAGUGGGUCCGGGCAGGCUUGUGAGUGCACCUUCAAACAACGCUACUCUUACGACCCUGUCGCCCAAGAGUGUCGUCGACGAGUCGGGAAGCCGUGUCAGUACGUGGACGUAACCACGGAGCAAGGUCGCAACGCCAUGGCUCGGUUCCCAUUCAAUCUGAAAUGUCAUGAGAAUGCGGAAUGUGACCAACUCCAAGUUCCCGUAGCCCCACCGCCCAAGACGAAGGGGGGAAUUAAGUUCCAGGCCAGUGGGGGUGUCCCCGUGGAGUUUGAAACGGUCAGCAUGUGCGUUUGCAAGGAUGGAUUUGUGGCGACGAGUGACUUUAACACUUGCAUCGUGCCACCUCCACUAAAUCCGAUUGCGGACAUGUUCAAGGAGCCGAAGGGAAAGUUAACGUUUAGACCACCGUAUUACACUUCUUGAGAAUGGAGAAUAUUUAGAGAAACAUUAGAUGUAUUUAUUUUUCUACAUACAUAUUUGUUAUUAUUUCUGACACCAAUAAAAACAAACUUGAUCAUAAAAAA